CCCGCCCCCGGCCCGGGCAGGGUGAGGAGGAACCGGAACCGCCACAGCCCCAGCCCGGCCCGAGUCCAGUGCGGUCCCGAGCCCGGCCGAGCUUGGAGGCGCUGGGACUGCGGCAGGGUUUCGGAGUAGCCCGGGGAAGAGGUCGGCCCCACUGCCACGAACGGGGCUGCCGCCGCCAGCAAAACUGGGAGGGCCGCUGGGCUCCGCGCCGGCCGCCUCCGGAGCUGGCGGGUGUGGGCGCAGCUCGGAGGUGCCUGGAGUUGUGGGUGCCGGAGUAGCCGAGGCAGCCGCCGGCGGAGGAGCCGGAGCGCGGAGGCUGCGUGGCGGCAUUGAUGCGGCAGGAUGACAGUGAAACUGGGAGAGAGCAGCGGGGAGGAAGGGGUGAAAAAGCUGGGCAAGAGAGCAGGAGGAGAUGAGGAGUCCCUGGAAGAAGAAGGGGCAGGAGGAGGAGGAGAGGCAGCUCCAGGCAGCAGCAGCACAAAGAAAGAAGAGAAGAUCAUUAACAGCAACACUACCAGCAGCUCCCCACCGAACUCCAGCUUGUCACCGGCCCCUGCCUCUCUCCAGCCCUCCCAGAGCCAGGACCAGCAUCAUUUUCUCAGGUCCAGUGUCAGACCUCAGAGCAAGAGACUGAAGAAGGAUUCCCAGGCAUCCUCCUCGGUAGGCAGCAGCACUGCCGGGAAAGGCAAAGCAGCAGAUAAUGGAGGGGCUGCACCUUGUGGCACAUCAGGAAUUCCUCCCAGCAAUCCUGCUGGGAAUUCCAAGUCAGCGGCAAGGAACCUGGGUUCCUCGACAGGAGAGAAGGAAGAAGGGAAGAAAGUCCGACGGCAGUGGGAGUCAUGGAGCACGGAGGACAAGAAUACUUUCUUUGAGGGACUGUAUGAGCAUGGGAAGGAUUUUGAAGCUAUCCAGAACAACAUUGCCCUGAAAUACAAGAAGAAAGGCAAACCAGCAAGCAUGGUGAAGAACAAGGAGCAGGUCCGGCACUUCUACUACCGCACCUGGCACAAGAUCUCCAAGUACAUUGACUUUGACAAUGUGUUUUCUCAAGGGCUGAAAAAAUCUUCCCUGGAGCUGUAUGGCUUAAUCUGCUAUGGGGAACUAAGGAAAAAGAUCGGGGGAUGUAUGGAUGACAAGAACGCAGCUAAACUCAAUGAGCUCAUUCAAGCCGGGGCUACAACUGUUCGUUACAAAGGCAGAAACCUGCGUAUCAAAGCUCCCAUGUGCAGGGCUUUGAAGAAACUCUGUGAUCCAGAUGGUGUGAGUGAUGAAGAGGACCAAAAGCCAGUACGACUUCCUCUCAAGGUCCCUGUGGAGUUGCAGCCACGGAAUAACCAUGCAUGGGCUCGAGUACAGAGUCUUGCCCAGAACCCACGGCUUAGGAUGAUCGUGGAGUUACAUCGGAAGGUCUCCAGCCUCCUUGAAUUCCUGAAGCAGAAGUGGGCUCUACAUGAAGUGCGGGUUCGUAAAACACUUGAAGAACAGCAACUUCAAGACUCCAGAGACUCAGAAACAAGAGGCAGCUUCUCAGAGGAGAAAGUGAUGCUCCAUCUCUUUCCAGGGGAGAACUGUACCAUCACUCCACUGCCUGGGGUAGCCAGAGUGGUCCACUCCAAGGCCUUCUGUACCGUACAUUGGCAGGAAACGGGCAAAUGCAAACAGAACGCAAAAGACUCUCACUUACUCCCUCCUGCCCAAAUCCUUGGCAUACAGAGUGGUCAGGGGACAGCAAGGGGACAGCUGAAAUACCUGCGGGGGAUGGAAGGUAAGGGUGUGGGAAGGGGAGACAGCACUACAGAGCCCAUCAGAACCUUGCAGCCUACAACUGAAGUUUCUGCAAGCACUGAAGAUGGUGCCCCAGAGCCUGUCCUGGUGGACGGAAUAGCCUCAAAUCUUGGCAUCACUAAUUCCCUCCAGAAACCACCUUCUGGACUUCAGGAUCCAGGAGGACACCAGGAAAAGGUGAGCUCAGUGGCCCCCUGCAUGGAGGGCAGGGAGGCCCUGGCUAGUGACCAGGCAGGUGUGCUAUCUUCGUGCAGCACAGAGUGUGCUUGCAGCAGGAUCCCUGAUGUGGAGGAGCUCUCUCUGCUCGAUCCAUUCCCACGGUACAUGAAGUCCUGCCAGGACCUAAUCGUCCCAGAGAAAUGUUUCUGCACAGACAAACUGCAUGGGAAAGACUCUGUUUCAGCAGCUGGUAAUGCUUCUCCAGUGGCUUUUCCAAGCAGGAGGAGUGCAGAGACCUCUGACUCUUGUUCCCAGCUACUGAGAGGUGGUGUGGCUUCCCCUGGCAGCAGCAGAUACGAAACUCAGGUGAGCCACAGCCAGGGCCAGCAGCUUGAUGCUUGUACCAAGGAUAUCACGGAUGCAGUAAUGGAGGAUUCUCAAGAGAAGCUGGGCUCCUCGUUUCCACCUCCACCUCAGGGACAAUCCAGUACAAAGUCUCUCAAGGAUGACCCAAGUCGGCUCUCCCAACAAGUUAGAGAAGAAGGAUGGAGUCUGCGAACCUCUGAGAGCCUUACACUGGCUGAAGUCUACCUCAUGAUGGGCAAACCGAACAAGCUGCAGCUGGAAUAUGACUGGUUGGCUGUCUUGGAGCCAGAAACCCAGCAUGCUAGAGAGCAGAUAUCCGAGUCAAGUGUUGUCCCUGCAUGUCCUACCUUGCACAAGCAGAGACUCUUGAAUUGCCUUCUGAGACUCAUCUCUACUGAAGUCAAUCCCAAACCAACGCCCGAGAUGAGCUCUAUUGCCACAUCACCUAUAAAGCCUGCUCAGGAGGAGCAGGCCCUGACUCCCCCAGGAAAGGUAAUUGCCAUCAACACCAGGAGUCCCGGCUGCGCACGGAAUCAGUCUGCCCUUCGCAACAAGACUUUUUCUCCUGGUGCUGCUUCCAGCUCCUCAGGUUUGAGAAACCUCCCUAGACCUAUCUUGGUGGCUAGUCCUUCAAGUUCUGGGAGCACUGAGGCCGACAGUGGACUGUUUGCAGUCCCUACAACCCUGCCCCCCAACAGCCGCCAUGGGAAACUGUUCCUACCCAGCAAGGAAGCAGAGCUGACCUUCCGGCAGCACCUGGACACCAUCAGUAUGCAGUCGGACUUCUUCCUUCCGAAGCCCAGGAAGUUACGGAACAGGCACUUGCGGAAGCCACUGGUAGUACAGAGAACACUGCUCCCUAGACCGUCUGGAAAUCCAUCCCAGCAUGUCUGUUCCUUUUCUAUCUUAUCCAACUCAUCCAUUACAGGGAGAGGUUCAUUUCGGCCAGUCCAGUCCUCACUGACUAAAGCUGCUGUUUCUCGUCCAAUUGUGCCCAAAGUUCUUCCAACACAGGCCACCAACCAUCUGUCUAGUGCUAUUGACUUGGCAGCUAAAAGUGCUGGCAUUAUCCCUGGUAGUCCCAUGCCUGUCCUGGAUGCAGAUGGUUUGCCAGGUGUGUCUCCAUUGUCACCGGAUGCAGUGCCCACAGUAGUGACAGGGCAGGAGCCAGCAGUAGCACAUCAGAAUGGAGGCUCCAUCACCACUGUGGAGGGCUCAGGCCCAGGGUGCCGGGUGCCGUACAUCAGCCUGCCGACCCGGCCCGAGCAGGAUGGCUUCCAGGGUACAUCAGUCCUUUCUAUGCCAGAACUGGCCAAGACUUCUCUCCAGAAUGGUCUGUCCACCCCUCCACUUCCCUCAUCAGAAGCUUCCAGUACUCGGCUCUCUCCUCCCAAUGUUUCUGCUCUCUUGGAUAUUUCCCUGCCUGGACCACCUGAAGAUGUGCUUUCCCAAGGCGAACCUGCCACUCAGAUCAGUGAUUCCAUCAUUGAAAUAGCCAUUAGCUCUGGCCAAUACAGUGAAGGUGUUUCUCUCUCUCCUGCAAAGCUGAAUGGCAGUGACAGCUCCAAAAGUCUUCCAUCCCCAUCCAGUAGUCCUCAGCAGAACUGGAUUGCGUCUCCCACCCAUGAUCCCCAAUGGUACCCCAAUGACUCCACAGACUCCUCCCUCAGCAGCUUGUUCUCAAGUUUCAUCUCCCCAGAGAAGGGACGAAAAAUGUUACCAACUCCAGCUGGGAACACCAGUGGCACCUCCUUACUGGGACCCAGCCUGCUGGAUGGAAACUCACGGGACUCCUUUGUGUCACGGUCCCUGGCAGAUGUGGCAGAGGUGGUGGAUUCCCAGCUGGCUUGCAUGAUGAAUGAGAACAGCAUAGAUUACAUAUCUCGGUUUAAUGACCUUGCCCAGGAACUGUCAAUACCUGAGCCCACUCGUAGGGAGAUCCUGUUUGAUGGAGGAGGUGGUGGUCCCCCGACUGGGGAUCUGUCACAGUAAGGAAAUGACCAGCAGGCUGGUGCAGACUGUUCGGCUAAGUUGGAGCUUGCAGAGCUGGAACUGAUGAGGGAGCAGCUGAGUCUGAGUUAUCCCUGUCCUGUGUGCUUCUUUCUAACAGAGAAGCAUUGGUUUCAAAGGUCUCAAGAAAUUCUUGCAAGUCCUGGAAUGUGCAAUAUGCUGGCAACAACAGAACAUGGAAUAAUGUUACAGAAGAUAGUGUGUCCCUGCAUCAGCAAUGUAAGAUUGCAGGUUUGUGGGACAGUCCUGGACUUGUACUUUGGAAUAGCCUAAGCAAGCAGCUCAAGUAGGGAUGGGAUUGCCACAAGCUCCUGUUUUUGAAUUAUUGUUUGAGUAGUGAUCAAAACGCCAUGCUUUCUGAUCCCCAUGAAAGUUGUGGAGGAUAAGGGUAGGUGUGGGUAGGGGAACCAUUGUGUAUCUCGACACGUCCUAGUUGGCAGCUUUCUUACCAUUCAGUCAAACUGAAGUUCUUGCACUCUGUUUAGGGCACUGCCACUCCUCGAUGCUAUGUUCUUACAGACCACUCUGUUCCUUUGGCUCUUUGACCAUUCCAGCGGGGCUCACACCUGCUUGCUUGUUUGGUAGGGAAGCUCUGAUCCGCCCUCCUGCCAUGCUGCUUGGAUCCCCUACUUUUAAACCCCAUCACAUUACAAUCAUCAUCAUGACCCUGACUGCACUAUAUUCUUAACCUUUGAGAUUCUUCAGCACAUUGCACAGUUCACCCUGUGAGUGGAAGAGUGCUUUAUUGCUCCUCUCCCUGAAGAACAGUUGUUUUUUAGGUCUGGAAACAUGGCAGAAGAGCUUAUGCCAGGAAAACUCUGUUAUAAUUAGUCUUGGCUUUGCUGGAAACAUGUAAAUAUUGCCAUCUUCGCAAAAACUGAGGAUUUACCUGGGAGAGGAAAUAGGAAAGAAUAUUGUAAUGUGUAGGAACAAAUACUAGGUUAAUGCUAAAGCAGUUGAGAUCAGUUUUGUGUUAUGAAGAGAAGUGUCAAGUCCUAGCUUAAUCCCUUAGUCCUUCCCUGCUUCCUCUUUCUUCUGUGAACUCUGGGUGCUCUGUAGUACCUCACCAUCAUUCUUCAUUACAGUCACUCCCAGGCAUGAGUGGGUCUGGCACUCCCUCUUUGAAAUCCCUAUGCAUUUAAUGUUGUGUUUUACUGUAGGAAAAACCCAGAUACUGAUUCCAGUGGGUUCAACAGGAUAGCAAGUUAAUAGUUAAUCCUCCCCUUCCCCUCCUCCUCCCCUCCUCCUCCCCUCCCCUCCCCUCAUGUUGUGCCCCUUUUCUAAGCACUUGUCUGCUUCUCCAGUUAGAGGACAUUCCUUGGCUGGUGUGAGUAGAUCUGAACUUUUCCAAGGGGCUGCUCCUAUAUACACCUCAACUUUGUAUUAAUAAUGAAUAAACAAACCUUCUCCAUCCCGUAGGCUGUUAUCAUGGGUUCAUUUCCUAACUUGCACUAUACUUGGUGGAUGUAGUUCUGCCUGCCUUUAGCUACUCAUAGGAGGCAUUUCUUUGACUGGGAGUCUAUUGUAACUUGCUCACAGUGCACUGACUGCUGUUUGCCCAGUCCCUUCACUCUGCUUUAGGCAGAUGAUUUUUAGCUUCUAUGGAGUUGGUCUUGUGUUUUAUGUCAUUAGGAGAAAAUUGAACAAGUUUUCUGAUGCAUACAGAGCCUAGUUUGAGAAUUCUGAUCGAAUUGUCAGAAAAUCACAUAAACCUAGAAUAGGAAAAGUUGAAGGCUGUCACAGAAAUGAAUGCUGGGGCCUGUUUUGUUCUGAGCAUUCUCCCUUGGUAUGGAGAAGACACCUGUUACUCUCAAGAGUCAUGCCCACUAAAACUUUUCAGUUUUACUUAUAAUUCAGCUGUGUUAUGGUUUGGAGUUUCCCAGAUUGUUCCUUCUUGGCUUUGGGUUCCUCCAUUACUAAUGCUGAUUAUUCUAUAUGCUGUGUCUCCAGAAAUCCUUCAGAUUUGCAGGACAAAAGUAGAAGGCACCUACUAUGGCUGUGGAUUACAGAACGUGCAGGAGGAAAUGUGUUACAUUCUAAUCAAGUACUGUCUAAAAAGAAAUCUGAACUCUCAUUCUUAAACUUCUAAAUACUGCAAAAGUAAUGUGGGGGUCUCCAGUGUAUUUGUAACUUGACAAACUUUUCAUCUUCCUUACUGAUGCUGGUAACACAGUGGAUAUGACACUGGGUUUGGCUCUGAAGUUGCCUAGAAUAAAGACCAGUGUUGCUGUACCUGCUGCAGGAGUGGAGAGCAGAGCACUUCAUCCUGAUCCAUGAAGGCUUUUUGCCCACGAUACAAGGAGCUGUCAGCUGCCUUGCCUCAGCAUACCCAGGGGGAAGGACCCUACUGCAGAAUGAAGGCAGAACAGGUGGCUAUUUUUGAUGAUACCGUAACAUCAGAAAACUUCUAAUACCCUGAACCUUUGCAAGUGGGCUUGAAACACCCAGUAAUUACAGAGUAUAAAUUGCUGAAAUCAGUUCAACACUCAGAAGGUUGGGUUAGAAGUGUUUGGCAUCAGCCCCUUAAAAGUUGGCAUUAUGAAGCAGAGUUUGAUUUCAGAAAUGUAGUGCAUUGCAAACUGCUUUUUAAGAAUAAAGCCCUUUGAGGAAAAGGGAAGAACUUAAGAAUAAUUAAGAUCAUUGUGGUAAUUCUGAAUUGAUGCAGUAUCUGUUACCCUUAUUAUAUGAAAGGCCAUUUAAACACAUUUCUGAUCAGACCAGCUCUAGAUUUUAGGUGAAUGUACUUUGCAAUAGUGGUCAUCAUCAGUUUGUGCCUGAGACUGCUAAGGAGGUGGUGUAUACACACACUCGCACACGUGCAUGCGUGCACAGAUGGCGGGGAAGGUGGUAAUACUCAAAAUUUCUUCACUCUCAAUUAUUUCAGCUUCCCCAACAACAGUAACAAAAUCUGUAUGAGGGACAAUGUCAGGCUAAGCAGACAUCCAAGCAAGUAACACUGAAUUGCACACAGUAUCAUUUCCGAGGCAGAAGUGACUUCAUUAGGUUAGUACCUUCCUGGAGCACUACGAGGUGUUGGAGAGGACUAAGGGACACUAACAGUCUCCAGGUCUAGGAUUAACUGCUCUAGGCUUUUCCCUCUCAGUGACCAUAAGGCAGUUCUGAGUAGCUGAUAAGGUAAAUGGCAGAAGAUUGGGUGUCUCAUCCCCAUGGGCUGGGUGCAGAGCAGUACCAUAGCCCAAGGCUGGAUCCACCCAGGUGUGUGUGCACACACUGACAGAGAUCUGUACAGGGUGUUGCAUUCUGAUCAUUCAUACAAUCCAUUUUAUACUGCAUCCCUAAAUCUACUAAGCAUAGGAAUAGUAAUUGUUUUUCAUAUAUCAUUGUUAAGCCUUUUUUUGACACCCUCAAUUUUUAAAUUGAAUUAAAUGGCUUGAUUCAAAUCUAACUUAUAAAGACAUCUCAUAUACUGACAGCAGAUCCCAGAGUGGAAAUUCAGUUGCAUUUUGUUUUCUACGCUCAGACUUCAGAUGCAUUUAUAAGGAAAAUACUGCACUUUUUUUUAACCUUUUCAAACCUUUCAGUCUGUUAAUUUCACAGCAAGUUGUAAAUGUUACCUAAGUGAAACCUUGGCAAGCACUACGGCAAUAAGUUAUCAUUAAUUAUUGAACAUGAUAACUGCUUUAGAGCUUACGGUUCUGGCAGCAGAAUGUAAUGCUGUUUCUUUUAAUAAUAGUUAAGCCAUAUCAUCUAAGGUUUCUGGCUUGUUUGAGAUGUGAAUUUGUUUUAUAGAUUAUAAAUAUACCUAUAUAGUGUAUGUAUAAAGCAAAAUGCCUGUCCUUACUGAUUAUUUUUUGUACCAUACUGUAAAUUAUAUUAUUUAUUCUUUACCAAUUUUGGAAAAAGGUGUUUUGGUUAUUUAAUAUAAUAUACAAAGGCUGUUAAACUUCUUCUGUUUAAAUUUCCAAUUCAACUUGUAAAGCUGUUUUUAUUCUUGUGCAUAAAUACAUACUAAUAC